AUGAAAUCUCAAAAGCGAGGCCGCGUGCAACUAACGACUUCCGGCGAAAGAUGCUUCCUUCAAACCUGCUUCCUCCCAACCCCCUUUCUCCCAACCUGCUUCCUCCCAACCUACUUCUCCCAUCCUGCUUCCCAAACUGUUUCCUCCCAACACGCUUCCUCUCAACCUUCUUUCCCCCAACCUGAUUACACCGAACCUGCUUCCUCCCAACCUUCUUUCCCCCAACCUGAUUACACCGAACCUGCUUCCUCUCAACCUUCUUUCCCCCUACCUGAUUACCCUGAACCUGCUUCCUCUCACCCUUCUUUUCCCCAACCUGAUUACCCCGAACCUGCUUCCUCUCACCCUUCUUUCCCCCAACCUGAUUACACCGAACCUGCUUCCUCUCACCCUUCUUUUCCCCAACCUGAUUACCCCGAACCUGCUUCCUCUCAACCUUAUAUCUCCCAACCUGCUUCCCUCCCCCCCUCUCCCCCCAUCCCCUUUGCCCCCUCCCACCCCACGGCCAUGCAGAUCAACGAGAUGGCGACUAAAAGCUAUCCGAAGCUGAUCAACGAGAUGGCGACCAAGAGCCAUCCGAACCUGGUGAGGCUGCUGGGGUACUGCUUUGACAUGAGCUACGAGGCGGAGCGCAUGGAGCAGAUCGUGGUCUAUGAGUUCAUGGCCAACGGCGACCUCGACCGCUGGAUCGGACCUGAUGCACCCCACCCGCUCACAAUGCAGCAACGACUCGCCAUCCUGACGGGCAUGGCGCGGGGGCUGGAGUAUCUGCACGGCUUCAGCAUCGUGCAUCGCGACAUCAAGCCCGCCAACGUGCUGCUGGACGCGCGCAUGCACGCCAAGCUCGCUGACUUUGGGCUGGUGCGACUUGGGGAAGGUACAUCUGUGGCCGCUACCCGAGUCAUGGGCACGCCGGGCUAUGUGGACCCCGCUUACUACCGCUCCCACAAGGCCACUCCCAAGGCCGACGUGCACAGCUUUGGAGUGGUGAUGCUGGCGGUGAUCACGGCUCGCAAGGCCAUCUACAACAUCGAGUCAAACCAAGUCAACCUCAAGCAAUGGGCAGCAUCGCUGGUGGCACCAGGGGACGUGGCGGCACUAAAGGACCCGCACCUGCAAGCACCGGACGACCUGGUGCUGCGCAUGGCACGCCUGGCGCUCACCUGCACCGCCAUGCCCACGGCGUCUCGCCCGGGCAUGAGCCGUGUGCUGGCAGAGCUGCUGCUGCUCAAGGAGGAGUUCUUCGGGGAGGACGAGGACCGCAUGGCUGUUAGGAUUGACCAUGAGAUCGAGAGCUCCGAGCAGGUCGACUUCAGCUUGGAGCUGGCUCGUCUUCAGGGGGUUCAGCAUGGUAGUUAG